UUUUUUUCUACAUUUGUACUAUUUUUAUUUUCUGCUAAUAAAUAAACUGCUAUCAGCGUCGUAAUUAGUGACUGUAAUUAUAUUCUAUCAUGUCAAUAAGAUGAAUAUCAAGUGGUUAAAGUGAUAAUCGCCUUGAUCUCUACUGAUGUUGGUAAUUAAGGUUUGUCGUAUUGAGAUGGAUAACAUUUUAUUAAACUCACCACUGAUUUGAUGAUGAAGACCAUUGUGACUUGACAACAAUAACAACAAACAAUAGCUAACAACUGAUUCAUAGGAGAACAGAAAAGAAGAAAGUAUCAACGUCAAGUUUGGGUUUUUGUUUGGUUAUAUUUUGCUGUUCUCUUAUCGUUUUGCUUACCCUCAACAAGCUUCUUUAUCAUGUCCACUAAUAAACAAAAAGGAUCAAUCAGCUUUCGGUUCAAUAGCAAAUCUGGUGAUGACCAUUUGGAGGAGGUUCAUAAUUUUGAUGACGACCGUUCUUCUGAUGUUAAUAGUGAAGCCAAUUCUCGAGCAAGUACGCCAAUGAAAAGUGAAUCAAGUAAAUUAAGUGAUAUCCUCUCCUCGUCACCAACAACAUCUAAGGUGAAAUCUUCCAUUUCUGAUAAUUCAGUUAAGGAUUUUUUCACAUCUAAGCUCAACCGCGGUCGAAGUUUUGAUCAACAUGGAUCAUCAGAUGAUUCAAGUUUACCCUCAUCAUCAUCGCCUGGUUCUAGUUCAAAAUGGUUUAACGAGUCGUGGAAAAAAUUUCAGCAAAUAAUCGAGGAAAGGAAAGAAAAGUCAGCCAGAGAAAAAGAGAAUAACAAAAAAGAAAAAGACAGUUCAUCCCACAGUAUACCAUCAUCUUCAGGGGGCAAUGGUGGUAACAGUGUUGGUACAGAAAAAUCAUCAGACGUUAAAAGUGAGCCUGGAGAUAUUGGAGAUGUCGGAGAUGUCGGAGAAAAAUGUUUUCGUAGUUUCUCAUUGACUGAACCAAUCAAUGAGAAUUUGGUUCUUCCAAGUUCAAUUGUUUCUAUCAAAGCCAAAUCCAAAGAUAAAGAUGGAGAUGAUAAUCUAGAUGAAAUCAGCCAUGGUGAUAAUAAUCCUAGUAGGAAUAGUAAUAUUAACAAGGAAGAAGAGGAUGAAGAUUGGUUGUUCAGAAAGCCAUCAUCUUCGAUCAAAUCAGAGCUUAUAUCUACAAUAAAGAAUGAAGAAAGCAACUGUGAACCAACAUCUCCGUCCGAAUCUUGUCCACCAUUUCAAAGAUUAACAAACCACGAUUGGUGGAUAUUUAAAGGUCAAUCUGGCUUCCUAAUCUUAUGUUCAUCUUUAGUAGCCUUAUUUUCAAUUAUCAUAACAAUAAGGCUCCCAUUUCCUUCAUAUAUAAAUGGCUUUAUACUUGGUGUUAUCUUUUCACUCCUUUCUCUUGGUCUUCUCGCUUUUCACUUAAUUAAUCUCAUUCUUAAGCCCACUGAGGAUGAAGAGGUUGAGGCCGUAAUCAAGGCCUCCACAGAAUCAUCACAAACUUGUUCGUCUUCGGCUCAAGAUGAAACUCACCAAACCAAAGAAGAGAGUGAUAGUCAAAUUAUUAUACACAAAGAAUGGUUCCAUGAACUAGUAUCAAGCCAAGAACUUGGAUCCAAUGAAAAAAUUAAAAAACAUGCCAAGACUCAACUUGUUUUCAUUCGUCUUCAAGGAACUUUUCUUCGAGUUUCUGAACCUCAGUCUAAAAACCUAAAAACACGCAAAUUAACUGAAAAUAGUUAUACCAAUUUCGCCUACCAAAGGCACUAUGAUCUAAUCAAUCUGAAAAGACUUUAUCUAUGGCUUCCUAAUAGUAUUCGCAACAAAAAGAAAUAUUUAUGGGUUAAAAAAUACCCGAUUAUUCUGGAAAUUGAUGGAAACAAAAACAACUAUCUCGAUCCAAGUAGCUCUAAUGGCUCAAAUCGAACAACCAAAUUAAUUUUAUUUGCUCGAACACAUCGAUCAAAGGAAGAAUGGUAUUGGAGGUUUAAAGAUGCUUCAAAAGACUUUUUCCUUGAUUCUGCUGAAGAGUUGAAAUCGGAUGGAGAACAAAUGUUACCAGAUUCAAAUUCGACUGAUCAUUCUCCAUCGACACCAACCAGAGAUACCUUUAAACCAAAAGAUGUCACUCCUUCAUCUGUUCUACCUAAAUAUGAAGCUUACAUGCAUCAAAUAUUGCACCACCGAGUUUCGCUGUAUUUACCUGGUUGUUUACCUGUUGAUGACAGUCAUUUGCUUUGGUUUAAUUCGAUGUUAGGUCGAGUUUUAUUUGAAUUUCUUAACAAUUCACAUUGGUCUAAUUGGGCAUCGAAAAAAAUUCAACGAAAACUAUCAAGAAUUAAGUUACCCUACUUCAUGCAAACGCUCACUCUUAAAAAUAUUGAUCUCGGACAAAAUUUACCUCGUUUUUUAUCUGUACCUAAGCCUCCAGUUAUUGAUGAAGCUGGUCUUUGGGUUGAUUUUCAAAUUGAUUACUGUGGUGGUUUUGCUAUGACCUUAGAGACUAAAUUAAAUCUAAUGAGAUUAAAAGACCAAGGCACAGUGGAAAAAGAGAUGAAACCUUUUGCACCAAGUUCAACCAGUGUGGAUAUGGAAGACUUUUCUGAACCUGAAUCUAUUGUUUCUAGCUCAGAAGAUGAUGAGAAAGAUGAAUUCAAGGAAAAAAUGGCUGACAGUGAAGGUAACAAUGGAGCAAAGAUUUUGAAAUUUGUAGACAAACUUGCGGCAUCUAAAUACUUUCAACAAGCAACCGACUAUAAAUAUAUUAAAAGAGCUAUGGAAGGUGUUUCAAACACUCCUCUUGUAUUGACCGUAUUCGUCCAAGAACUAUCAGGAGUCCUUUCAAUCAAUAUCCCACCUCCUCCAUCUGAUCGUCUUUGGUAUGGUUUUCGAGGAGAUCCCAAUCUAGUCCUUUCAGCUCGGCCUCGUCUCGGUGAACACAGAGUUUCAAUGAGUCAUGCAAUAGAAUGGAUUGAGAAAAAGUUGCAACAAGAAUUUAAUAAGCUUUUAGUUAUUCCUAAUAUGGAUGAUAUUAUUCUAUCAGUGAUGAUGGCCUCCAAUAGUAACAUCGAUAUUCAAUAGCACCAAAGUGCCUUUUUUUCUAAACAUAUAUUUUCUUCACUCUAUUUGUUUUUGAUCGAAACUUUCUUCUAACUGUUUUUCACUUUGUCUUACUAUUUCCCUUUCCCUUUCUUUCUUCUUUUCUUUCAUUUCCUUCUACUUUUAUAAUUUAAACGAAAAGACUUCUUUUAUUUUGCGAUAAACUCUGUGAUAAAAGCCAAGCUUCUCCAAACCUCUUGGUUGUGUGAUGGGUAAAAAGCAAUUUACUGUAACCUUUCCUAUUCCCCUUUAACUUUCAUCCUUUCAACUUUUGGUUUAAAUUUUCCCUCAGUUUAUACUGUUAUGUUUAAACUGGCGAUAAAAAGUUUCAAAUUGUCCAUGCAAGUAAAUAUCGUAUCUAAGAACAGUUUAAGUAACAAAAAAAUCAAAAUUAAUUUACAUAAUUCGUCUCUUUGUUAACUUUGCUUGGUCGUUUCAAUAUUUGAAACUUCUUUUUUGCUAAACUUUGUAAAUGAUUGCAUCCAUAAAAAUGUCUCUCAAUUCAAUGUAUCUCAAUUAAAAACUAUUGUAUUCAUCGAUUCAAAUUUGAUUGUAGCAAAAGUGUAAUCUAAAAUGUUUGAUUUUUCAAAAAAAAAUUUAACUGCUUUGCUGAUGAAUGAGAAACUAUCUUUGACUGUAUUCCUUUUUCCUUAGAGCCCGUUUGUUUAAAUUGAAAAUUAUUACAACUAAAGAAUCAAAGACAUGAAUAAAACACAAUUUCUGAUCAAA